UCUGUUGGUCCUGCAGCCAGUGUUAACACGGGUUGGCAGGUGUGAGCUAUCAGCAGUGAUUGCAGGGUCCUCUAGUGAGUAACUUUUGGCUUUUGUGGAGUUUCCCUGGGUAGGCAUAGCAACGUGGUCCAUUUGGGCUCGUUGGUUUGUUUUUUUAGUUUGUUGUUUUUGUGUGGUGUGCGGUCAGAGCAGUUGUCUCGGGGACACAUCUAGAGCUGUCAGCUCAUGUCUUAAUGAACUGAACUCCAAGGUAGCAGAUACAAACAGCUGUGAUCCGCCAGAUAGCAGCAAAAUCAGUGUUUUACACCAACAAAACCUCAGAAGUAUGGACGAAGAGAGAAGGAUGAUGAUGUUUUGUCUGCUUUUAGCAGCUUUUAGCAGCCCUGUGUUUACCGGAGAAUGGAAGGCGAAUGUUGUAAAAGAGCUUGACGCCCUGGUCACAUCCUGUGUUGUGGUACCCUGUUCAUUCACCCAUCCUAAAGGAAGCCUGCCCACCACCAAAAUCAGAGGGAUCUGGCAUCGUUCAGCUCACCGAGACCAACGCAUCUAUUUCGAGGAUAGCACGCAGGUCUUGGAAAACUUCAGGGGCCGCACACGGUUGUUGGGACAUCUGGGUCAGAACAACUGCACCUUAGAAAUUAUUGACAUCAAAGAUCAUGACAACGGCCCUUACUGUUUCCGGAUUGAAUUAGUUGAGACUGAGUUAUCCACCACCGACAAGUUCUCCUUUGUGGAGGAUUGUGUCAAGUUCACAAUGCUCCCUGAUCCUCCGAAACCUACUCUUGAUCACCCAAAGACAGCCAUUCAAGGACGUCCCUACACUGUCACCUGCUCAGUCACCCAUACCUGCCCCUCCCAUGUGCCUAAACUCACAUGGAGCAGGGACACUACAGAUGAUGAUGAGGUGAUUGAGGUCCACAGAGAAACUCGUUUUGGCUACUGGGAGACAAAGUCCAUCCUGAUGUUCACUCCUAAGAAGGAGGACGACCACAGUGAUGUCACCUGCACAGCACAUUUUAAUGGAAGGAAGACGUCCUCUCAAAUGUUGACUCUCUAUGUAAAACGUUCAGAAAACUACAACCACAUCAUCAUUCCCACAGCGGCGGCGAUCGGUACAGCUGUGAUCUUUGCAGUCUUCUGCAUUUUUAUGGUGAAAAAAUACAAGACACGCAUUGCAGAGCUCCAAAAUCAAGAGGGCAGUGUGUGGAACCGUCUUUCCAGACUGUCUCGCAGGACCAGAAACUGAAGAUAAUCAAAAGACAGCAGAAGAAGUGACCAGCAGCCUUCAUUGCUUUUUAUCGCUGACUGCCACAGUUGUUUUUUAAUGCUACCACUGUGGGCAACUUUUCAAAUCCUACAUCCUACAUUUUUUUUUUAACUGAAAUUAAGCCAUGGGUCAAAUGUGUGUCAAAUUGUGGGAGGCUUUAAUUUGUUUGUUUGCCUAGCUUUCAUUCAUGAUAUUCACAUAUUAGCUUCAGAUAGAUGGCAUUAUGUUAAAGCAACUUAAACUAGAAGACAAAAAAAAACAAGAUAUAAAAUUGUGUUGACAAAGCUUGAAUGUUUUAGCAGUCCCUGAAAAGCAAAGUUUUCUACUCAACAUUUUAGUUUAGUCUGGUUUGAAUGUGUGAUUUUAAUAAUUUUAACUUUAACUUUUAUAAACCGUAGCACCAAAUCUAUAAGUGUUUAAAGUCAAUUUAAAGGGAAUGUGUUAAAGGAACAGUGUGUAACUUUUAGGGGGGUCUAUUGGCAGAAAUGUAAUAUAGGUAUUUUACAAAUCGUUGUGUAUUCGUUACCCUAGAAUGGGACGUUUAUAUCUACAUACGGAGUGGGUCUUCUUCACAGAGCCGGCCGCCAUGUUUCUACAGCGGCCAAGGACGGACAAAACCAAACGCUGGCUCUAGAUAGGGCCAUUCGCGUUUUCACAUUUUUACGUUAUCCACAGUAGUUCUCCUACAGGUUUGGAAGCUUCAGUUGGUUGCAAUCUGCAACCUCACUGCUCGAUGCCGCCAGAUACUGCACCUUUAAGACUGUUUUCCCAUCUCAACAUCAAAAAAACACCUAAUAUACGUCCACUUUUAAACACCCACCACUUCCUGUUUUCUGAACACAUGUAUCAGCAAUGUAAACAUUUUUCUUUGUACAUUAAAUUUUGAUUUGUGCUCA